AUGGCGGGUUCGACCACGGAUGCCCCCAAAACGGGGAACAAAGGCCCAAAAAUAAUGGCGGUAAUGUGGUCAAUGACAACGCUGGCUACGUUUCUCGUUAUCGCUCGUUUAUGUGUUCGGCAACGCAUGUUACGAAACUUCGGGUUCGAUGACUGGUUGAUUGGAGCAUCUAUGAUAUUCGGCCUACUUUUUGUUGCAACUACGACAGUCUCAGUGACUUAUGGAUACGGACAACACAAGAUAAAUCUUGAACCUAGGUCCGCCGAGCUUGCCCUCAUGUGGAAUAUGAUCUCGUUCAUUUUCGGAAUUAUAUCCUUCGCAAUACCGAAGCUUGCGGUUGCCGCACUACUCCACCGAAUACUGAACCCAAACCUCACCCAACGCAUCAUAGUAUGGGGUCUUGUUAGCUUGAUUGCUGUCAUUGCCAUUGUCAACAUCCUGAUCUAUGUUACCAUGUGUGAUCCACAACAGGCACUUUGGAAGAGCUCCAUGAUAUUGAGCGGGGAGGCGAAGUGCAGGGAUAUUUGGAUUCUUAUAAACUAUGCCACAUUUAAUGGAGGUGAGCGGUGUUCGAUUGGUCUCACUAUUCUCGUGACAGUGUCUGAUAACCGCCAUGUAUGUGCAGCUUUCUCCGCAUUUGUCGACCUUUUCCUCGCAAUUUACCCCGGGGUCGUUCUAUUCAAACUUCAAAUGUCAUUGCGCAAAAAGAUUGCUUUAACUGCUGCGCUUGGUCUGGGUGCAAUGUAUGGAAAUCUGGCCAUUGACCCCUUCAAGUGUCUCGAGGCUAACAAGUACGGUCAAUCCCCAGUGCGGCUGCAACUGCAGUGGUCAAAUGCGCUCAGAUCAAAGGUCUGGCUGACCAGACAGAUCCAACAUGUUAUUAGCACUGUAUCUCUGGUGGUUUGGACAAAUGUCGAAGCCAAUGUCGUUGUCAUUGCUGCCUGCAUACCCACAUUACAACCGAUGCUCGAACUUAUUCUGAGAAAACUGAAACUGGUUUCGACAUCCAAGGGUCACUCCAAGCCAUCAUCUUAUGCACAGCACAAGGUAUACGACAAUCAGCUGAGCUCCCGGGCUCACGUGUCAAAAAAAGAGAGAACAACUCCAUUGUACAAAAAUCAGAGCCAGGAAAGUAUUUUAAAUGACCUGGAGCAAUACCAAAUACGGCGCACAGAUGAGGUUCACGUUGAAUAUGAGAUGCAGCGAUCGAAAUAG